AUGGUCUGCAUUUAUAUUGGCGCAACUAGAAGUCUCUAGAAAUACCAGUUCUAGGAAAAGAAAUCUGAUUAGGCUACACUCUCGAAUGAAAAUUAGCUUCUAAGCUUAAAAAAUGCCUUGAGUAUUCCAAUUAUAGCUACUCUUACUUUAGUUCUGGCUUAUUUUGCAAUUGUUCAAAAGUGGAGCAUCAUAAAUAACCUCAUUGUAGCUUAUUUCUCUUUAAUUGGUGCUUUAAUUCUGAAGAAAUACAUAUAUGAGUAUUUUAAAACUUCUACAGGACUUCAGGCAUACGAUUACCAUUUGGAAUUUUUGCAAAGAAUGCAGUUAUUUAGACUAAACAUGACUUUACUUGAACUGGUCUGCCUUGCAGUUGCAAUUUACUUCUAAUAUCUUUAUCUCUAAAGCAGAUUCUUUGUAGCAAAUAAUAUAAUUGCUAUGUGCUUCGCAGUGCAUGCCAUUGAGAAUUGGCUCGUUGGAAAUUUCAGGAAUAUUUUAAUCGUGUUUUUAGGACUCAUUGCUUAUGACACGUAUUUUGUAUUUCACUCUGACGUUAUGAUGACUGUAGCAUAGGGAAUUGAAUUGCCCUUAAAGUUAUUAGUGCCUGCUGAUUAAGCCAUGAAAUCAUUUGCUAUGAUAGGCUUAGGAGAUAUAAUAAUUCCAGGAUUAUUUGCUUCAAUGUGCAUUAGAUGCGAUCUAAUUAAUGCAUUUAAUAGAGGCAGAGAAAAAGCAGUUGAGGAAGGUGUAAAAGAGAAGGAGAAGUUACUUCCUUUUAUAGAUAAAGAGAUGGGAUGCUUUUAUUUUAAUGCUUCUCUUAUUGGAUUUUUUAUUGGCCUUGCAAUGACUUAUUCUGCUAUGUAAUUACUCAAAACUGCUUAGCCUGCAUUACUUUAUAUUUUACCAGCAUAAUUAGGAAUUUAUCUACUAGCUUCCUUUGGCAGAAAGGAAUUCCUAAAAAUGAUAGCAUAUGAUGAAGACAAGGAAUUGAUGGGGAAUGAAUGA